AUAUAUAUAAGCCCUAGCCUUCCUCUCUCGUAUCGGUCUCUAGGGUUUCCAAUCGUCACGCGAGAGAACUACUCGAAUAUUCUCCGAAAAGCCUCUCCUUUUUGGGAUUCGGGGAUUUUUGGGUUGUUUUCUGCGAUUUUUGGUGGAGGACGAUUAGGGUUUUUAGGAGGGUUCGAUGGGGACGGAGAGGAAGAGGAAGGUGAGCUUGUUCGAUGUGGUCGAUGAGAGCUCAGUCUCUGCAAAACUUGCGAAAUCUAAUGGCGGCAUAGCAGCUCAAGGGAACAACUUGAUCAACCGGUGGAAUGGGCGGCCGUAUUCGCAGAGGUAUUACGAGAUAUUGGAGAAGAGGAAAACCCUACCUGUUUGGCACCAGAAAGAAGAGUUCUUGCAAGUUUUGAAGUCUAAUCAAACCCUAGUCUUGGUUGGUGAAACUGGUAGCGGUAAAACCACUCAGAUUCCUCAGUUUAUUCUUGAUGCUGUUGAUAUAGAGGCCCCAGAUAAACGCAGGAAAUACAUGGUUGGCUGCACCCAGCCUCGUAGGGUAGCUGCUAUGUCUGUUUCUCGUCGGGUUGCUGAAGAGAUGGAUGUAACUAUUGGAGAAGAAGUUGGUUAUAGCAUCCGUUUUGAAGACUGCAGUAGUGCAAGAACAGUUUUGAAGUAUUUGACAGAUGGUAUGCUUUUAAGAGAAGCUAUGACAGAUCCGCUUUUGGAACGUUACAAAGUGAUAGUUCUUGAUGAGGCUCAUGAAAGAACUUUGGCAACCGAUGUUUUAUUUGGGCUUUUGAAGGAAGUAUUGAGAAAUAGACCCGACCUGAAACUAGUUGUAAUGAGUGCUACUCUUGAGGCCGAAAAGUUUCAGGGUUAUUUCAAUAGCGCACCUCUUAUGAAAGUUCCAGGAAGACUGCAUCCAGUGGAGAUUUUGUACACACAGGAACCUGAGAGGGAUUACCUUGAGGCAGCAAUUCGUACAGUUGUUCAGAUACACGCAUAUGAACCACCUGGUGACAUACUUGUAUUUCUUACUGGAGAGGAGGAGAUAGAAGAUGCAUGUAGGAAAAUAACAAAAGAAAUUGGAAAUAUGGGAGAUGCUUGCGGGCCUGUGAAAGCAGUGCCACUGUAUUCUACGCUUCCUCCUGCUAUGCAGCAGAAGAUAUUUGAACCUGCUCCUCCCCCCCUGACUGAGGGCGGCACUCCUGGGAGGAAGAUUGUAGUCUCAACAAACAUUGCAGAAACCUCUUUGACCAUAGAUGGUAUAGUUUAUGUGAUAGACCCUGGGUUUGCAAAACAAAAGGUCUAUAACCCUCGAAUACGUGUUGAAUCUUUGUUGGUCUCUCCGAUAUCAAAGGCUAGUGCUCACCAAAGAUCAGGUCGUGCUGGAAGAACCCAACCAGGAAAAUGUUUUAGACUCUACACUGAGAAAAGUUUCAAUAACGAUCUUCAGCCACAGACAUACCCAGAAAUACUGCGAUCAAACCUUGCAAACACAGUUCUCACCUUGAAGAAACUAGGGAUAGAUGAUUUGGUCCAUUUUGAUUUUAUGGAUCCCCCUGCCCCAGAGACAUUGAUGCGCGCAUUAGAGGUUUUGAAUUACUUGGGAGCGUUGGAUGAUGAAGGCAACUUGACCAAGCUGGGUGAGAUCAUGAGUGAGUUCCCCUUGGAUCCGCAGAUGUCAAAGAUGCUUGUUGUCAGCCAGGAAUUUAACUGUUCAAAUGAGAUUCUGUCUAUUUCUGCCAUGCUUUCAGUACCCAAUUGCUUUAUCCGGCCUAAGGAGGCUCAAAAAGCAGCAGAUGAAGCAAAGGCUCGGUUUGGGCACAUUGAUGGGGAUCACCUUACGCUCUUGAAUGUAUACCAUGCAUACAAGCAAAAUAAUGAGGAUCCAUCUUGGUGUUACGAAAACUUUGUCAACCAAAGGGCAUUGAAAGCUGCUGAUAAUGUGAGACAACAGCUAGUUCGGAUCAUGGCUAGGUUCAACCUCAAGCAAUGCAGUACAGAUUUUAACAGCCGUGACUAUUACAUCAACAUCAGAAAAGCUAUGCUAGCUGGAUAUUUCAUGCAGGUGGCUCAUCUGGAGCGCACUGGACACUAUUUAACUGUGAAGGACAACCAGGUGGUUCACUUGCACCCUUCAAAUUGCCUGGAUCAUAAGCCAGAGUGGGUCAUCUAUAAUGAGUUUGUCUUAACAAGCAGAAAUUUCAUCCGCACAGUAACAGAUGUUCGUGGGGAAUGGUUAGUUGAUAUAGCUCCACACUACUUUGACCUUGCGAACUUUCCACCUUGCGAGGCAAGGCGUGUUCUUGAGAAGCUUUACAAGAAACGGGAAAAGGAGAGGGAAGACAGUAGGAACAGAAAGUGAAGCUGUCUCCAUGUUUAUGCCCUCCUUGAUAAUGUGUCUCAGGAGCUUUUUAGUGUAUUUGAGAGCUGUGUUAUCUGGAUUUUAUUAGCCCAGCAAUACCUCUCAACAGAUCCCAGUUUCAAGAAAAGCACAAUGGACGAGGUGGCCGAAUCUCAUGUACCAUUAUUGAUGUAGGUUUUAGUCAAGUUGAAAUUAAGAGCUAUACGAAUCUACUGUAUGAACUCUCCCUUUUCUAUUUUUUUUUCUCUCUUUUGGAUGUGGUUUAUUCGCUUUUUAUUUUUAUUAGAUAAAUUUUUCAACUGAAGCAAGAAAGUGGAACGACCAUGGGCAAGAGAAGAUAAAUUCAUGAGCUGUAUGAACUCUCCUUAUUUGUUUUUGAUGUAGUGAUUUUCUUGCAUUUUAUUGUUAUA